CUGAUCGAUCAAUGCAUGCGAUUAUAAUAUUCAUAGCACAAUUGAACAUCUACUGUUGAACUCUAUUACUAUUUAAUUUAUUUUUACUAAACGCUGAAAAUUGUAAUAUUAAGUUUGUUUGAUUAUUGACUAAUGACAGAGAAAACAAAAUACAAUGAAGAUACGGUGGCGGUGUGGAAACUACCAUUGGCAGACGGUAUUCAUGAAAUAGAAUUUGAACAUGGUACAGCUACUGGUAAAAGAGUUAUUAGAUUGGACGGAAAAAUAGUGAGACGAAAAGAUUGGAUGUUUCGAUUAGUCGGAGAUGAAGUUUUUGAUAUAGACAAUAUACAAUGCACUAUCAAAGUAGAACCAGAUGGGUUGUUUAUGUACACAUAUGAUUUAUUAGUUGACGGAAAGAGCUUGGAAGAUUUUUGCGAGUACAUCUCAAAAAAUCGAUCUACUUGGUUAAUUACUGCAGACGAUGGUGUUGAAAAUCGAAUUAUUCUUGAUAAAGCUUCUAUGGAUAUUAUUGUAAACGGAUCUCAAGUUACAGACGCAAUGUCUGAAUUCAUUGAAAACGGUACUGAAACACAUUUUGCAGUCGGUGAAAUGUUAGUAACAAUACGAACUGAACAUAGUUGUGAUAAAAAAAUUGGUGUUGUGCACAGUCUAUUCGUUAAUGGUGCUUUGGUUACAGAAUUAUAAUAUUUUAUGAAUUAUAUUUUUUAAAUUAAUUUAAUGUUAUUGUAUAAGAAUUAUAUAAAAUUAAUUUGCUUGAAAAAUUUAAAAUUUGUUAUUGUAAUUUAGUUACACAGAUUAUUAUAAUAUUUUAUGAAUUUGUUGCUUUAUAUACAAAAAUAAAAAAGUAUAAUAAUAAAAUAAAUAGAUUUGUGUUGUUAUUAAUA